GAAAGAAAAUCACCCGCAGGCUCACAUCUGAGAUUGCUUGAUAAUAACUUCGGUGAAAAAUCUAAGAAUGGGGGGAAAACACUCCUUCGGGAAUUCUGCGUUGUGGUAGCCACUUUUCCGGACAUUUCAAUAAUUUCAUAUGUAUUUAAGCAAGCAGGCAGCCGCUCUCAAAUGAUCAUCUACAGCAUUCACAUCCUUAAACAACACAUCUUCGCCUACCUUCAAAGCCUAAAUUGUCCCCCUUCCAUCAAACUUAAUAGUCGCCAUGUCUUCCAGUCUAGUCUUCAUCACUGGAGCAACUGGCUUUAUCGGAGCUUCAACUGCUUUAGCAGCCCUCAAGGCCGGCUACCGUCUCCGCAUCUCUGUUCGCAAUGAGUCACAAAUCGAAAAACUCAAGAAUGUCUUCUCCGAAUAUGCAAAUAGUUUAGAGUUUGUCGUCGUUCCAGACAUCACAGUGCCUGGCGCAUUCUCAAAGGUUUUGGACAAUGUCGAGUACAUCUUGCAUGUGGCUUCUCCGCUAGCUGGAUCUGUGGAAAAGGAGAAGGUAUAUCGACCAGCAGUAGAAGGAACUUUGAACAUAAUGAGAGACGCAGCUAAGGUCACAAGCAUCAAAAAAGUCGUCAUUACAUCCUCAAUAGCUGCAUUGUUGCCGCUUGAAGGAUCUAUGGAUGAGCUUACAUUUAAUGAGGAGACAUUCGUGAACUUGUCGGUAGAUCCAAAUCGAGAAUAUGACGAGGGCAACGACGCCGCGACUGCUUUCAAGAUAUAUCACGCCUCAAAACUUCUGGCUAAUCAAGCAUGCUGGGAGUUCUUUCGAAACGAAAGUCCCGGCUUCGUACUCAUCACUAUUCACCCCUCCAUGGUAUAUGGGCAUAAUUUGGUCCAAAAGUCGGCUGGAGAGAUUGAGGGGAGCACUAACGGUCUCUUAUUCGGCAGCAUCAUGAAUGGUGCACAGUCGGACUUUCCUCUUCUGUCUGUGUAUGUUGGAGAUGUGGCAGAUGCGCAUGUAAAAGCUCUGAGCCCGACUCUCCAGUCUAGUACGAGUUAUUUAGUCUCCGGAGAUCCAAUGACUUGGAAAGAUGUCGUUGAAGUUGUACAGAAGAAUUAUCCCACCGUGCCAUACAAGCUCGUACCGAACGCAAAUCCGAAGGUGGGAAAAGCCGAUACUGCGAGGGCAGAGAAAGAACUUGGUCUUCAAUGGGCCAAGCCAGAGAAGGUCAUCAAAGAAGUCAUGGACCAGCAAUUAGCUUUUUUUUAAGACUGCUGCUUUUUGAGCAAUAUGGCCAAAGAUUCAAUUACCAACUGCCGGAAAAUCCAACUUGUUGCUUGCUAGUCUCUAUAUCAGAAUUGAUGUUUCCUUUACACUAAAAUUAUCAGUAUUGCCAAUUUGUGAAGCCAACUGAGUCGGUGAUGUUUGGAGUAGGCGAGUUGAUGUCUCUGACACUAAAUAGCAGUGAAGAUUUGAUUGUAGUGUCUUCAAAGUAGUUGGUAUUGAUAAAUGUAGCAGUAUGGUCUAUCAUUCGUGUAUACUUGGACAUUAGUCAUUUCUUUAGUCAUUAUAGACGCAUUCUUUAGAGUCAUCAAUUUUAUAACCAACCUAAGCUUGAGCA